CUCAGAGAGACAGCACGCGUCAUGGCGGAUACAAAUGCCACCAACACAGAAACAUCAUUCAACUGGACUCAAUGGAACAACGACCUCGUCUUCAAACUAAUAGACCAUUACCGCGAAAGACCCGUAUUAUGGGAUUUAGAUUUACCAGAACACAAAGACAAAAGAAAGAAGAAAGUGGCAUGGGUCCAAAUAGCACAGGCUAUGGGCAUGGACAAGCAAACGGUUGAGAGAAAAAUUAAAAUUCUCUAUACGCAGUUUCGAAGGGAGCUCUUGAUUAGAAGUGAUACAGAAGAAAGCAAAUGGUUCGCAUUCAAGAACAUGUACUUUUUGAAGAAACGCGUUUUUAAGGCGUUGUCGGACCCUGAAUCCGUCGCAAUUUUACAGGCGAGAGAUGACGACGUAUACGUUUAUGACGCUGUACCUGGGCCCAACAGCGACGCCAGCAGCAGCAGUGGUCACAACCAGACUACGAAAAGACGCCGCGAGAGCGAGACAGAACUAGAAGAGACGAAGACAGGGGAAAUUUACCGACUCGUCACCGAAUUAUAUCGGGACAGGUUUAGUAAGGACGAGUUCUCAGUGUUUGGGGAGCAUGUCGCGUUGAAACUGAGGAAGAUGGACAAUCUAUACGCGAGGUGCACGGCUCAAUAUCAUAUUAACAAUAUUUUGUAUAAAGCUGAAACAGGGGAAUAUGACUAUAUGGGAGAUUCGAAACCUAAUAUAGGCACAUUAUAAUACAAUUUGGAAAACUACCUGUGUGAUUAACUUGAGUAUUCACCGCCGCACGGCUGGGCUGUAUUUUUUUUAAAACCUUUAUAAAACCUUACCCUUAUAAUACACAAAAAAAGUUAAACCUUACUGUAUGCUAAAGUUGUAAGUUAUUAUUUUCAUUGCCAUAUAUUUUUUAAAAUGUCAUAAUUUUUGUAUUUCACAUUAUAAUGCACAUAUUAUUGGGCUAAAUAGUUAUUACUUACAAAUACAUUUAUGCAAAUAAUAAAAUAUAACUUUGAAUUUAAAGUAUGUUUUGUCUCGUUCUGUCAACAUCAAAUGUUUUAAGGUGCGAUAGUGACAAA